AUGUCCGACUCAGCCAAGUACACAAUGCUGGGCUUUUUUCGCACUCCGGAUGACUACGAAGAUGAUCCAAACCCAAUGACAAAGUGGCGGCAUGAGGCGACGCGAUCUAUGGACCUCAUCUUCCAAGCGCGUACCUUACAGAAUUGGUCUGAAGCCAUUGAGAGCGCGAUGCAGAGUACCAUCGGAAAGGAGACUACAAACAUACUCGCCGUCAUCAAUGAAAAGGGCGACGAACUGAAUGCAGUUGACAAGUGGUGCACAUUGUCUCUUCGGACUGGAGGUGACGAUGUGACUCGCUUUGUCACCCUCACCGAUGACGAUGUCGAAUGGGUCCCCAUCAAGAGAUUCUUCGACGAUCUCAUCACGACAGCAAGGAAAGUCGAGAGAGAAGUCGACAGGGACACAAAGUUGAGCGACCUCUUUCCAUCUGCAGCUCUGAUGGAGGGCGGAAAGGAACAGGCUUGUCGGUCUUGGGUAUUGAGCGUACUGAAUGUGGACAAGGAUGACCCAAAAGCAUCCAUUGUGUUGAGUGAUCUCGCAGAGGGAAGAUUGUCGAAGGGGUUAGGGGAUCUGGUGGAAUGCUUCGAGGGAAUGGUGGGCAGGAAAGCCAAGGACCCGCACAAGAUCACCGAUGCGGAGUUUCAGGCGUACUUUGCGAGUGCCACUGCAAAUAUCACAGUCAAUCGGGAGGAUGAACUUGCAGCGGCAGAAGCGGCGCUAUAUAUCCAUCCCAAGACGAAGACGACGAAGGCGGUGUCGCCUCGGAUGACGAUUCCGACUCUGGUACAGGAGACGGGGAAGAGGGUACGCAUUCUCUCAGCUCCUCGGCGCUCAUGGGCGGCCCGUCGGUCACAAUGUCGUCGCCUACUUUAUCGCAACGAGGCUGUGGUUUUUUUCUUCGGGGCAUGUAACUUGAGUGGACCAAACAUCAUUGCACGAGGCGUGUGCGCCACUGUAGGAUUGUGGCGCAAUCUAGGCUCACUACGGUUCGCGUUGUCAUCGUCGCAGAAUCUUGGAGGUUAUCGUACCAUUCUCUGCCUCCGGUUCCUGAAACAUACGGGGAAGUGCCACAAUCAAGAUUUCGGCCUUCAAUUUGACUUCACCUAUCUCAUGUCUUCUCCCUCUCCUCAUUCCCCUAAACACAUUCCCAUGGUCACUAUUGGACCCGUCUACGUCGAACCGCGCGAGAUGCGCUCAAAGCUUCCCUACACCCGGACCACACUCUGCCCCAAGCGCCCGAAAGCCAAAGGCCGCCCUCCCCGGCGCCGGAGACUCCAGUUCCCAGAGACGAUCUUCUACGAGAUAGCGAGUCAUGCCGACCCGCUAUCGAUGUUCCGGAUGAUGGCGUGUAGUAGGAGCAUGAGGGCGGGCGCGCAGAGAGCGUUGCACGAUGAGUUGAAUGAGGGAAUAGCAAUUGUUACGGACCAUUCCUGGCCAUCAGAUGACAUGAUAUUUGCCCAGGUCAAUCAAAAUGAGCUUUACGGCGAGGACCGGCGGCUCGGGCUCGAGGAACACAAUGCCGACUUUGAUGGGCUCAUCGCGGCGUACUCCAAAGCUCUCUCCCUCCUCCGUGGCGUCACUAUCGAAGCUCGGGAUGACGAUGGCCACGCAGGCUGGAGGCAGCUGUGGCUGCUCGGCCCCAAGCUAGAGCAGUUGGAGCUCCAUAUUACGGAUCGAUACACGCACGCGGUGUCGGCCGGCGUACUAUCCAUCCGCGACGACUGGACCUCAUGCGACGGGCCUCAGACUCCGGUCUUUGCAGCUUUGACGUCUCUGACGCUUUGCACAACGGCGAGGUGCCUUCAGCACCUCGAGUACCUCCUCCCCUACAUUCCCUAUCUCCGACACCUCACCAUAUCAUCACCCCCCUACAGUCCCUCGGACCAUACUCAUCUCCCUACUCUGCGCUCCUACUCCCUCGCCCACCUGGAGGACGUACAUGUCACCGGAUGCGGUCUCGUCGGAACCAAACAGGUCGGACUAUACCUCUGGACCAGCUGGCUGCCUAGCACGCCGACUCUCCGUCGGCUGGCCGUAUGCUCCCCUCAGGUCCCAUCCAUCCCCCUCCACUUCACCUCCAAAACCUCCCCCUCGCGGCUGUCAAGUCGGCUCCCCACCCAGCUCCAGCAGAUCAUCUUUGACGAGAUCAACACGGAAGACUUCGUGCAAGCUCUUCCCGACAUCAGGCGUCUCUGGAUCGACGUGCUCUGCUUCCAGAACAUCCGGAAUCUGGUAUUUGAGCGGACGAAGCUCAGGUACAAGGCGUCGUACCCGCUGCUCGAGAUGAUGAGCGACCAAGUCUCCCCUCCCUCCGCACAAUCACCUGGAUCAACCGGCGCCUGUUCGAGGUCACGGUGCCAAAAAGCCGCUCUCACACAUUCGAGCCGUUUGACCGGUCCACCCUGCUCGACUUCUUCUGCCAAUACUCCUCUCUUCAUCUCGUACAAUGGAUCAACUCGGACGAUAUCUUCGACGAUCCGUUCGGCACUGAAUUCAUAUCUACGUCGGUCCAAGCGCGCAUCAUAUGCCGCGAACUCGGUCGAGCAGGCGCACACCGCGGGAGACCGUUCUCGACUUGUCUGGACCGGGUUUCGGAUCUUGCCAUUUCUCAAAUGGUGUUGCCGAGGAGCCAGAUGGAUAUAG